UCAAAUGUCACUUGUUAUUUGUUUUUAAAAUUUCAAGUUCUAAUAUUUUUUUAAUUCAAAGAGCCUUUAGAAAUCACAUCAUUUUUAUGGGAAGUAAAUAGAAUUUAUGAACUUAAAAUGUCGCGAAAUCAAGAUACGUUCUUUUCAGAUAUUAAGCCGCCGCCUAUUUUUGAUGAAUUAGGCGACAGAAUAAAGGACUAUAUAUUGAAACCUGAAAGUCUGGCCAUUCACAAGUGGGAGAGAUCACAGACAAACUGGAAUAGAUCUAUCAAUUUAGAUUCGCUGUUCGAAACAGAUGAUUUAGUGGUUGACACUACCCUAGAAGUUGUUUAUGACCCACUAACUGGUGAAAUAUCAGGCCUUCAAGAGGUAAGUGUACCAGUAGAAGAAGAUGAAGAUGGGUUGUCCAUGUCCAGAGCUCCGUUACCACCCAGCCAGGCCACCAGGGGCAGCACUAUGCAAGAUCCAUUCCUACCUGCAGGCUUCGAGGAAGAGCUCCAGAAAAUGCUUGAUGAAGCUACUAAAACUGGUGAUAUGCUGAUUGAUUUGGAUAAUGAUGAGCCAGGGAAGUUUCUUGGAGAAGAUUUAAUUACAAUAGCUCCAGGGGCUAGUGAAAGUGUAUUAUUUGCUGAGGAUGGCUGUACUUUACUCAAGGAUAUCAACAAAGAUGAACCUCUAGAGCUACAGAAGGAAGUGCUUGAACCUAUCAAUAUUAAUGUUGAAGAAAUGAUUGACAGCAAUACACAUUUAGCAGGUCUAUGGCAAGACGACAAUGAAAAACAGGAAGAACCAAAAAGGCCCAAACCAAAGAAAGUAGAAAUAGAAAUAGAGAAAGAUGACAAUUUCCUUGAAUGUACCGUCAUACACCAACUGCCAGAGAUACCAGUGUUGAAUAUUACAAGUUCAGCAAUUAAAAUGGGAGUCACAUCGACGGAGUGGGCAGAAAUGAUUGAUGUCUCCAAGCCUGUGCCAGAGUUUCAUGAGAAAAUAACAGAGAUGGCGCACAAAUAUCCUUUUGAGUUGGACACUUUCCAGAAACAGGCUAUAUUGAAGUUAGUGGAAGGACAUCACGUAUUCGUCGCGGCGCACACUUCAGCGGGGAAAACUGUAGUCGCUGAAUAUGCGAUCGCUUUGUCCAGGAGAAAUUGUACCAGGGCGAUCUACACGUCGCCAAUAAAGGCCCUAUCGAACCAGAAGUACAAUGACUUCAACAAGACAUUUGGGGAGGUGGGCCUGUUGACUGGUGACCUUCAAAUCAACGCCACGGCUUCAUGCCUGGUCAUGACGACUGAGAUCCUGCGCUCCAUGCUGUACUGCGGCUCUGACGUCACCAGGGACCUGGAGUUCGUCAUAUUCGACGAGGUCCACUAUAUCAAUAACGCCGAGCGUGGCUACGUAUGGGAAGAGGUGCUGAUACUGCUGCCAGCUCACGUCAGCAUAGUGAUGCUGAGCGCCACCGUGCCCAACACGCUGCAGUUCGCCGACUGGGUGGGCCGCACCAAGAAACGGAAGGUGUACGUUGUUUCCACGCCCAAACGACCCGUGCCACUUUGCCAUUAUUUAUAUACAGGUUCUGGCGGCAAAUCGAAAAACGAAAGGUUUUUGGUAAUCGAUCAAGAGGGCAACUUUCGUCUGCGCGGAUACAACGACGCGGUCGCCGCUAAGAAGGCCAGAGAAAACGAAUACAAGAAAAGCUUUGGGCCGAAAGGUGGCAAACAGUUCGGAAACUCGAAGGCAGAGCAAACCAUGUGGGUAGCUUUUAUAGACCACCUUAGGUCCAAUGACAAGUUGCCAGUUGUGGCCUUUACUUUGUCCCGAAAUAGAUGUGACCAAAACGCCGAGAACUUGAUGUCGGUAGACCUCACCACUGCGAGGGAAAAGAGUCACAUCAGGUCGUUCUUCAACAAAUGCCUGCAACGAUUAAAAGCACCAGAUCGAAGAUUGCCUCAAGUAAUCCGUCUGCAACGCGUGCUGGAGAACGGCAUCGGCGUGCACCACAGCGGUAUACUGCCGCUGCUCAAGGAGAUCGUUGAGAUGCUGUUCCAAACCGGACAUGUGAAGCUCCUGUUCGCAACGGAGACGUUCGCAAUGGGCGUGAACAUGCCGGCGCGCACCGUCGUGUUCGACGACAUCACGAAGUUCGACGGCGUGCAGUCGCGCAGUCUGGCGCCCGCCGAGUACAUACAGAUGGCGGGCCGCGCCGGCAGACGAGGUCUGGACGACACUGGCACGGUGAUACUGCUGUGCAAGGAAGGCGUACCCGACCAGGUCACGCUGAAGGGCAUGAUGCUGGGCACCCCGCAGCAGCUGUCCUCACAGUUCCGGCUCACCUACGCCAUGAUACUCAGCUUGUUGCGGGCGGCAACAGUGUCAGUGGAGGGUAUGAUGCAGCGGUCGUUUCGCGAAUUCCACCAAUUGUGCCAAGCGGACAAUUACCGCAAACAACUGGAACUGGCCGAGCAGGAGUACUCGGAGAAAUGUUCAACCCCUCUCUCCUCCCACCUGGCUCCCUUAGCGACGUUCUACGACACCGCGACGGCUUAUAUAGAUGUGCUGAACGAAAUUAUGCCGAUUCUGCUUAACCAGCCCAAAGUUGUCAAGGAGUUUGUGCCGGGGAAGGUGAUCAUACUCUCUGCGGGGCCUUAUAUCAACCAAUUGGGUGUUUUUUUGAUUGGGAACGGGCCCCGUCAGACGCCGUACAAGGUGCUAGUCCUGAACACUGCCAAGGAAGACUCGGUGCGCUACAACUUUGAUGUGGAUGACAACUGGUAUCGGAUGCUGAGCUUUUCCGCGAGCUACGAUAAUAUAGGUACUGAGGAGAGCACAAUGGAUCACACAAUAUUGUGUAUAGCGCCAAAGAACAUCAUCGCUGUCACCAAACUGAAUCUCAAAAUAGACGCCAACAUGGUCAUACAAGACUUUGAACAGAGACAAAUCCCGAGGUUCAAAGACGCACCAGUAGGAUCAAAAUGCGCAAGCGCAGUGCAGGAGUUGUCUCGAGUGUCGCACGCGGUGCGCACCGGCGCCACCGCGCUGGACAGGGUCAGCCUCACGCAGUCGCUGGCCGUCUCCACGGGGGACAUACUGCACACGCUCGACAAGAUGAACAAACUGAAGGCUGAAUUGGACGCCCAGAAGAAAUCAACAGACAUAGCGAACUUCAAAAGCGAAUUCGCCAUUGUCUACGAACGAAAACAAGCUGAAAGGAAGCGUGAUAAAUAUAAACGCCUACUAUCAUUUGAAAGUCUCGCUUUAUACCCUGACUACCAAAGACGACUUCUAGUUUUGCGCGAAUUAAACUACAUAGAUGAACAUGAUAGUGUAAUCAUAAAGGGGAGAGUGGCUUGUGGUAUGGGGACCAAUGAGUUGAUAAUAUCAGAGUUGGUGUUCAGAAAUGUCUUCACUGAUAAGGAUCCGGCGGAGAUAGCCGCUUUGCUCAGCUGUUUUGUGUUCCAAGCGAAGACCAGAGUGGAUCAAGUUCUGACGGACAAGUUGGCUGCAGGGGUUGCCGCUAUACAGAAAAUCGAUGAAGAGUUGUGUGCUAUUGAGUCUAAGUACAUGGUGGGUCAGUUCGAGGGUCAGGGCGAGCGGCUGAACUUCGGGCUGGUGCGCGUGGUGUACGAGUGGGCGCUGGAGAAGCCCUUCGCGGAGAUCGUCGAGCUGACGGACGUGCAGGAGGGCAUCAUCGUGAGGUGCAUCCAGCAACUGCAUGAGCUUCUAGUGGACGUGAAGGACGCAGCGGUGGGCAUCGGCGACACAAUGCUUCAAGCCAAAAUGAUGGAAGCGUCCACCGCCAUCAAGCGCGACAUAGUGUUCGCUGCCAGUCUGUACACGACGCCCAGAGAUACUAUCACUUUAUAAUUUGAUAGCUUUUUUUUCUUCAAUAUAACCAAUAUCUCAGUCAGGAAAGACUGUGCUAGGAGUGGGUACGACGAUAGCCCAACGGGGCAAGGAUCGAACCACCACCCCUCGGUGAUGUGAUGUGAGUCCAAUCGCUUACCGUUGAGCUAUUGAGGCUUCAAGCUUUUGCCCUCAACUCCGUCUGUGGAGUAAACAGUUUUUAUUAUAGGCUAGUUUGACACUUUUUUUUUAUUGGUCUUAAAUUGUUCAUUAUCAUUUUACUAGAUUGAAAAAAAAAUAUCAUAUUUUUUAUUUUUUUAAUGUUUUUUGUCAAUGCGAGCAAAAACGCUGUCGACCGUGAUGGUCUAUAAUAUGUUCAUAACUGUUUCAUGACGUGACGUUAACAAAUCCUUUACCAAUACUUUGACGUUUACAUCUAGUAAUAUUGUGACGUCACAAAAUGGACGACAACGUUUUUGACGUUUGGAAAAUUUUAAAAAAUAACGUGAUUUUUAAAUUAACUUUCAUAAGGAAUUUGUUACUUUUAUUUAUUAAUAUCGAUAUAUUUCGGACCCUUAUUCCAUUUACUACUUACUAAACGAAAUUCAUAUUGUUUUUAUUAAGUUUGAUAUUGAGUCAACUACCCUAUUUUUCUAUUCGACUUUAACGCUAGAUUAGUCUUUUAACUGUAAGCCUUAAGUCCGUAGUACAACAUCUUUAGACCUAAAAUACGUCAAAGAUAUCUAGUAAAGAGAGAAAGACCAAUAACAGCCAAAUGAAAAUAUCGCUCUCCCUUUUCGUCCUAUCGCAAUGAAAGAGAAAGCGAUAUUUGAAAUCCGCCGUUAUUGGUCAACAGGUAUUGACAAGAUAUCUCGUGACGCGCAUGAUGUACUCACUGUAAUGUAUUAAAGUAAGUAAACUAGACUCGAUGAAUACAGAAUAUUUAUCAAGAGAUUUGUUAUGACAUAAUUUGUGGUUAUAACAAAUCUCUUGAAAUAUAUUGACUGUUGAUUUUUUUUAAAAACCCUAGUGAUUUGUUGAUUGCCAUGUUGCUAAUCUGUUAUGCAUUUAUUUUAGUUUCGUAUAUUUUUUUAUCUUUGUCUCAUGACUCAUACUACCACGUUCUUGUUCAGUAAUCUUUUUUUUUUUAAUAUCGAACUUAAACCACCUGUAUAUGUUAAUGGAUCAAUCUCCUAUUUAAUUAUGUAAAACUAAUUCGAUUGGUUUUGAAAUAGAAAUUAUAAAUAAAUAGUUAUAUUUUUUUUAACUUAAAUCUGAUUAGAAAGAAAAGAUUUAGACAACUAGAUCCACUAUUUAUAUAAGACAUACAAAAAAAUGUUACCUAAUUGAAAUUACUAUACCUGCACCAUCCUACAUUGAACACGCAAUAUUAAAUAUUAAAACAAACAAUUUGUACUACCCCUACGCAUAAAGAAUGGCGGUAUAUCUAUUCACUUCUCGCUCGCACAUUAUUUGUGUCUAUACUCCUAUCCUACUCAUGGGUAACGACUGCCAAAAUGACGUUAAGAAACUUGAAGUCGCUCAGAGAUCGCGUUUGUGUCACUUGGUAAUGUCACAAAUUAAAGAAUAAUUAGCAGUUAGAACGCACGGAACACUACGGUUUCGUAGCCGUUCCAAAUAAAAAAUAUAAAAACAAAGCUUCACAUCAGUAAUUUUCAAAAUUAGGUAUUUAAUAAAAAUGGCGUCGUUUGUUUUAAGUAUUUUAAAAACUGUCCACCAAAACUAAAGAAAGAAGAUUGAGUAUUUAUGAUUGGUAAUUAAUUAUUAUUAUUAUAUUACGUAAUUGUUGUUAGUGUUAAAUUUUGAAAUACAAAGUAUAAAAAAGUUUGUAUAGACGGAUGUCAAGGAGACGUCAUGGUUUGCUUUUUUUAUGAAUUUCACCGGCUUCACCACGCUGCUUGUUAAGACUCAUUCUGGACAUUCUUUAUACUGUGGGUUUGGGCUAAAGAUAUAUUUAAUUAACAAAUUUAAAAUAGUAAGACUGACCGGUGUCAAAAACGCAAUCUCUGAGCGGCCGGUGAGCCAUUCUUUAUCCGCACGCGUAGUAUUCACAUUAGUGCCUAUUACGAUGAGCAGUGCUAAGCAUGAUAACCAAAAGCAAUAAUAAUCCAACCAUAGUGUGUAUUGUAAUAAACAUUAAACAUAAUAGGUAUUAUUAUGUAUUGAACCUAUUCAUUGUUAUUGUAAGUAAAUAAAUAUGUCAGUUGAUACACAUA